UCAGGCCGGGCAGCCGCGCUCAGCUCGCCGGCCGCGCCCACCAUGGCCCCCCGGGCCCUGCUGCUGCUGCUGCUGCCGCUGCUGCCGCUGCUCGGGGGCUCCGCCGCGCGCCCCGCGCCCCCCAGGGCCCCCCGGCACUCGGACGGGACGUUCACCAGCGAGCUCAGCCGCCUGCGGGAGAGCGCGCGGCUGCAGCGGCUGCUCCAGGGCCUGGUCGGGAAGCGCAGCGAGCAGGACACCGAGAACAGCACGUCCUGGACCAAGUCUGCGGAGGGACCCUUCUGCCUGCUGUGGUCCAGCUCGCCCGCCCUGCAGACCUGGACGCCCCUGAGGGCCCCCCUGGACCAGGCCUGGUCCCCCAGGCUGCCUCCUGGACCGAAGUCUGCAGUCCUGGCUUCCGGCCCGGUGAACCCUGCGGAGACCCAGAAGCGGCUGUGACGACGGAGGAACCCCCCUCCUCCCCGCCUGGACCAGGGCGCCCGGACGCGGGAGGGGUGCAGGGGGAGGUGGCUGGCACUUGGCACCAAUA